AUCCACUCACAGCUCCCCUUUCACAGUACACGUUCCAGUCUAGGCUACAGCGGUAUCCCAGGCCGUACAGCCGAUUCAUUUUACAGAGCGCUGCAGGCUGUCGCUCCACGAGACGACCGCAGUCUCAUUGUAACCUGCAGGAAGCAUCGGUUGCACGUCCCGGAGACAAGAGGUGUUUUCUGCGUUUAAAUUUAAUGGCGGACGAGCCAUACAGGAAAACGCUCUGAAGGCUUUGCAGUUAAAUAACAGGUCACUGCAAGAGCACGUCCCAGCAGGAAUACUUCACAAUGGAUGGAGAUGAAGAGGAGAAUAUGAGUUCAAGCAGCGCUGAUGUGAAGGAAAACUGCAAUCUGGACAACGUGUCGUCCAAAGAAGGGGGAGGCGAGGCAGUCCAGCUCCCCAAUGGCAGUGGAGGCGGGGGCAGGAAGCGCCCCCUGGAGGAGGGUAAUAACGGGCACGCCCACUCCAAGUUUCGCGCCAAAAAGCGCAAGAAGACGCCGGGGCCCGUCCUGCCCAAGAACGCGCUGAUGCAGCUGAACGAGAUCAAGCCGGGCCUGCAGUACCGGCUGCUCUCGCAGACGGGCCCCGUGCACGCCCCCGUCUUCGUCAUGACCGUGGAGGUCAACGGGCAGCUCUUCGAGGGCUCGGGCCCCACCAAGAAGAAGGCCAAGCUGACCGCGGCGGAGAAGGCGCUGCGCUCCUUCGUCCAGUUCCCCAACGCCUCGGAGGCGCACCUGGCCAUGGGGCGCACGCUCACCGUCAACACCGACUUCACGUCCGACCAGGCCGACUUCGCCGACGUGCUCUUCAACGGCUUCGAGACCCCGGCCCCGCCCGAGGACUCCUUUUACCUGGGCUCCAACGGCAACGGGGCCCUGGGCUCCCCGGGGGAGGACCCCCCGACCGCGGGGGCCGGUGCCUCCAGCCCUGCGCCGUCCCCGCUGCCCGCCCCCUCCAGCGCCAAGAACCCCGUCAUGAUCCUGAACGAGCUGCGGCCAGGGCUGCGGUACGACUUCGUGUCGGAGAGCGGCGAGAGCCACGCCAAGAACUUUGUCAUGUCCGUCACCGUGGACGAGCAGACCUUCCAGGGCUCCGGCCGGAACAAGAAGCUGGCCAAGGCCCGCGCGGCCCAGGCCGCCCUGUCCGCGCUCUUCAACAUGCAGCUGGACCAGACCCCCUCCCGUCAGCCAAUCCCCCGCGAGGGCCUGCAGCUGCACCUCCCGCAAGUCCUUGCAGACGCUGUGUCCCGGUUGGUGGUGGACAAGUUCAGCGAGCUUACGGAUGGCUUCACAUCUCCUCACGCACGACGGAAAGUUCUGGCUGGCGUUGUCAUGACAACAGGCACAGAUGUGAAAGAGGCCCAGGUGAUCUGCGUUUCCACGGGAACCAAGUGCAUUAACGGCGAGUACAUGAGUGACCGCGGGCUCGCGCUGAACGACUGCCAUGCGGAGAUCAUAGCGCGCCGGUCCCUCAUCAGGUACCUGUACACUCAGCUGGAGCUCUUCCUCGGCAGUAAGAAGAACGAGCAGCAGAAGUCCGUAUUCAGCCGCUGUGACAGUCAAGGCUACAGGCUGAAAGACAACGUUCAGUUUCAUCUCUACAUCAGCACUUCACCCUGCGGCGAUGCUCGAAUCUUCUCACCGCAUGAAGUGGGCGUGGAGGACCAGGGAGACAGGCACCCAAACAGGAAAGCGCGGGGUCAGCUCCGGACCAAGAUUGAGUCUGGCGAGGGAACGAUCCCAGUGAGGUCCAGCAACACCAUCCAGACAUGGGACGGGGUUCUGCAGGGGGAACGGCUCCUCACCAUGUCCUGCAGUGACAAAAUCACCAGGUGGAACGUGGUGGGGGUCCAGGGCUCACUGAUGAGCUACUUCACAGAGCCCAUCUACUUCUCCAGCAUCAUCCUGGGCAGCCUGUACCAUGCAGACCACCUGUCCCGCGCCGUGUACCAGCGCAUCGCCGACAUCGAGGACCUGCCCCAGCCCUUCACCCUCAACCGGCCGCUGCUGAGCGGGAUAAGCAAUGCUGAGGCCCGCCAGCCAGGCAAAGCCCCCAACUUCAGCGUUAACUGGACGGUGGGGGACCAGGGGCUGGAGGUGAUCAACGCCACCACCGGAAAGGACGACGCAGGGCGGCCGUCUCGCCUCUGCAAGCACGCCCUCUACAGCCGCUGGGUGCGCCUGCACUCCAAGCUUUCCUCGACCCUGAGAUUCCAGACGCCCAGGCCAGGCUUGUACCACGAGGCCAAGCAGGUGGCUCUGGAGUACCACGUGGCCAAGCUCGCGCUGAUUAAGGCUUUCCACAAGGCGGGGCUCGGGGCUUGGGUGAAGAAACCUAUCGAGCAGGACCAGUUCUCCCUGAACUCCUGAGAGGGGGGGUUGGGGCUUGGGGAGGGGCCAAACUCAAAUCAGCCACUGAGACUGUGUGUGUUCGUCCCCGAUACGAGACCCUCCCCCCCGCCCCCGGCGACUCAUCACACUUCGCUUUCAUACCACCCUGCCGUAACACCAUUCCUAAAUUUCCACGCGUGUACUUUUUAAUGUUUCUGGUCUUUUUUUUUUUAGUGUCCUCUCUGUUCUUAUUAAGUUCAGGUUCAUAAUGCAAAGGCGCAAUUUUAAACUGGAAACCUGAGACGGUAUUUUUGGUUUGCUGCAGGAUUUUUAUUCUGUUAUGAAGCGGGAAGGUAAUGUUUUUUUAAUGAAGGCGAAGGAGGAAAAAAUAAGAAAAGAGCCUGUUGGCUGGAAGAGCUCGUCGAUGCCAAAUCGAAAGAGUUUAGCCCAGAACUCUCUGUUUUCUCUCAGCUGUGUUCUGUGCAGGGAUCCUGAGAAUCAUCCUCUUUCUGCAUCUCUCCACUGGUUCUGCAUGUUUAACACACACACGCACACGCACACGCACACACACACACCACACACCACACACCACACACCUCACACAUACACACCACACAAAACGCAACACACACACACACACACACACACACACCACAUACCACACACACACCCCACACCACACUACGCACACACACCACACACACACACACACACACAUAUAUAGCUGUAGGGGGGGAUUUUAUACAUGUGAAAUUUCAACAUAGUUUAUAUAUAAAUACCAACCUGCUCAAUGACUUUUUUUGUAUGCUUGUUUUUCUGGAAAGUUCUGGUGGAAGAGGAAAAAAAAAACUCUAAUUCUUACUUCAGACAUUUUUCAGUACCACUGUCCUAUUCUGCAAUUCAAACUGCGUGGAUAGACUUUCUGACACCAUAUUUUACAAGCAAGACAGGGGGUUGAUUCUGUUGAUUCUGAAAUGCAGAACAGGUGGCUCGUCAGAUUCUUGACCUUCUAUGUCAGCAGUUGAGCUGCUAUUAUGGUGAAGCGGCAGAAGAUCUGUGUUUGGAUUUGUACCCCUAAGUACUACAUAAUUCCCUUAGUCUUAAGUAGAUACUGAAGUGUAUUUUAAUAAGCAGAAAGUACAAGCUUUUAACGGUGGGGGGAGGGGGUUGGGGGGGGGAUUGUACUGUACGCUGUCGGAAUGCUUCCAUUCCCAUUUUUAUAUGAUAUUAAAUAUAUCACGCAAAUUAAAGGCCUGCAUUUGAGGAAUGAGAAACUGUCUUUCUGCUCAGUUGAGUCCUCAAUGUGGAAAUGUUCAGUAGUGUUCAAAUGAGCCGUGAUAAGUUGUUCAGAUGAAUGCUCCCUUUUCAGUAUAUUUAAAUGGCAGAAAGAAGUAUUUACACAAUUUAUUUUGAUUUUCAUGAUUUAAGAACUGAUAACGAGACAUGCCCAUUUUAAUUGCUUUGUUUAUUGGCUUAGUUUUAUGUUGAUUGACAUCUGGGGUGGUGGGCGGGGUUCUUAAAUGCUGCACGUUUACCGUCCAAUAAAAAGCCAUCUCUCUGCAUGGAGGCAGUUCUGCAGGGAGCAACCCAGUUUGC